GUUGGGCUGUGUGCUUUCUAAGUAUUUUGUGAUUGCUCUGGGCAAGGAGUUUACUCUCCAGCUUCUUAACAGCUCCAACCCUUCCUGUUUCAUUAUAGUUAAUCACUCUUUAGCCUGGGCUGCAGCCGUUUAAUCAGUUUUCACAAGAAGAAGAAACAUCCUACGACGCCUGAGCUAAACCUGACAAUCAGCCCACAUUAAGCUUUCCAGGACAGGGGACCAUGGACAUCGCAGCAUAUUUUGAAAGGAUUGGUUAUGAGAACUCAGUGAAUAAACUGGACUUGGACACACUAACUGAAGUUCUUCAGCACCAGAUGCGAACAGUUCCUUUUGAGAAUCUUAGCAUGCAUUGUGGAGAACCCAUGAAUAUGGACUUAGAGACCACAUUUGACCACAUAGUGAGGAAGAAGCGGGGCGGGUGGUGUCUCCAGGUUAAUCAUCUCCUGUACUGGGCUCUGACUAAAAUGGGCUUUGAAACCACAAUGUUGGGGGGCUACGUUUACAUAGUUCCAGUCAAUAAAUACAGCAAAGAAAUGAUUCACCUCCUCGUCCAGGUGACCAUCAGCGACAGGAACUACAUUGUUGAUGCUGCCUUUGGAGGCUCCUGCCAGAUGUGGGAGCCUCUGGAAUUAGCAUCAGGGAAGGAUCAGCCUCAGGUGCCUGCCAUCUUCCGUUUGACGGAAGAGAAUGGAACCUGGUACUUGGACCAAAUCAGAAGAGAGCAGUAUAUUCCAAACCAAGAAUUUGUUAACUCCGACCUCCUUGAGAAGAGCGAAUAUCGGAAAGUCUACUCUUUCACUCUGAAGCCGCGCACUAUUGAGGACUUUGAAUAUGUAAAUACCUACCUCCAGACGUCAUCAACAUCCGUGUUUGUACACACUUCAUUUUGUUCUUUGCAGACCCCAGAAGGUGUUUGUUGUUUAAUAGGCUCUACCUUUGCAAGCAGGAAAUUCAGCUAUAAGGACAAUGUAGAUCUGGUGGAGUUUAAAAAUGUAAAUGAGGAAGAAAUAGAAGAUGUACUGAAAGCUGCAUUUGGUGUUUCUUUGGAGAGAAAGCUUGUACCCAAAAAUGGUGACCUGUCUUUUACUAUUUAGGGUGAGGCGCAAAAUUGGGUUUCAUUACUAUUUCAUCUUCUUCAACAUUUGAAACGUAUGCAGAUGUAUUCAAAACAGUCUUUAUAGGAUCAUCACUGAACUUGAUAUUGAUCAACUAAUGAUUUGUAUCUUUUAUUUCCUACAUUUUAUGAAAAGAAAUCUUAGCGGUCCUGUCAUUUUACCAUAAAAAAUAUAAUCAGUUAUAAUUAAACAAAAUUUUAAUGAAUACAAACAAAAGGAUUUAAUGAAUCCUUUUCAAGAUUAAUCAUACAAAAAAUUCUUAAUGAAGAUGUGGUUACCUUGGGAGCCAUAUUCACUUGCAAGAGAAAACUUUCAAACAUUAUGUUAUAGUUGAACUCACAUAAAACUUAUACUAGUAGUUCAGUAUGAAUAAACAUAACUGUUAAAUUCAGCAAGAAUAAAUCUGAUGACCAAGGUAUACAAGAAGCCACCUUCACAACUUAGGAUCAGAAUAAAGCAAGCAAGAAUGAGUCAUCAGUUCAGUUCCAGGCAACUUCCUAGUCCCCAAGACAAAACUCAAGCCAGUGCAUGGGGCUCUAUGAGUAACUGCCAAGAUAAUGGCAUGGCGUGGAAUUUCUUCCAGGGUUAAUUUUGUGGCACAUGUCUGUUUGUAUUUGAUACUUUUUUUUAAAGCUAUAGGAACACUGAUAUUUGGAAUUAGGUGAUUUAUAAAAUAUAUGUUACUUGGAGCACAUUGUUUAUGAAGUAUAUUGAUUGCUAACUCUAUUAAAGUAGUGUUGGCUAAUA